CUCCCUGGUCCUGGCGGACCGCGAAGAUGGCGGCGCCCAUGGAGGUGGCGCUGGUGUCGGACGCGGCGGGGCCGCUCUGCAACUGCUCGGUCUGGGAGCUGCACUCGGGCUCGGCCCUGCCCGGCUACCGCGGCGGCAACAGCGGGCCCCGCGGGCUGGCGCUGCUGGGCGGCGAGCACCUGCUGGGGGCCCAGCUCGGCAAGAGCUACAUCAACGUCUGGGAGCUCCAGAGGAAGGACCAGCUCCAGCAGAAGAUCAUCUGUCCCGGGCCCGUGACCUGCCUGACAGCUUCUCCCAACGGGCUCUACAUCUUGGCAGGGGUUGCUGAGAGCAUCUACCUGUGGGAGGUCUCCAAUGGGAGCCUCCUGGCCAUCCUGAACCGACACUACCAGGACCUCACAUGCCUCUGCUUCACUGAUGACAGCAGCCACUUCCUCUCGGGGGCAAAGGACUGCCUGGCCCUGGUGUGGAACCUCUACAGUGUGCUGCAGGCAGAGCCCUCCCAGAUCCCUGACCCCCGCCACGUCUGGUCCCGGCACAGCCUCCCCAUCACCGACCUGUGCUGUGGCUUUGGGGGGCCCUUGGCACGGGCUGCCACUGCCUCCCUCGACCAGACAGCAAAGCUCUGGGAAGUCUCCUCUGGGGAGCUCCUGCUUUCCGUUCUCUUCGACGUGGGGAUCAUGGCUGUGACCCUCGACCUCUCCGAGUACCACAUGUUCUGUGGUGGGAUGGACGGGUCCAUCUUCCAGGUUGAUCUCUGUGCCUGGCCAGUCCAGAGAGACCGGACCUUCCAGACAGAGCGGGAGAACGGGAAGGUCUUCAAAGGGCACAGGAACCAGGUGACGUGUCUGUCUGUCUCCACGGAUGGCAGCCUGCUGCUCUCUGGCUCACACGACGAAACGGUGCGGCUGUGGGACAUCCAGAGCAAGCAGUGCCUGAAGACGAUGAAUCACAAAGGUCCGAUCACAAACGCCUUCAUAGUGCUGGCCCCAGCCAACAUGUUCAACCCGGACGGGAAGCCCAGCGUCCCCCUCCCCAAAUUCAGCAAACACCUCCACGGCACCGAGAGCAACGACGAGCAGGGGAGUGAGGGGGUGACACUGCGCCUGGGGCUCCACCAGCAGGACUCUGGGGAGAGCUACCUGGAGAAGGCCGAGAGGAUGUACUCACAGAUGUAUUCCACAAGGGAAAAGAACCUGGUGGGAGACCAGGAGCACCUGACGAUCCAGGUGAGUGAGCUGGAAGAGGAGGUGAGCACCCUCCGGAAAAUCAACAAGAACCUCUUCGACUUCUCGGCUCGAAUCAUCACCAAACCAACCAAAUGAGGAGGCCCCCCCGCCCUCGCGCCCCUCCGCCCCCCCCUGCCCAGCUCCCGGGAGGGGCCCCCCCGCGCGGGGACACGCUGGAGCCGGCGCCUGCUCGUGCGGUGACACGGGACGGGACACGCGGGGGCUGCCACCUGCGGGACAACACAGGGACCUUUUCCCCGCGAUUGGCUGCUCGGUGCAGGUGGGGGCAGAUGCGGAGCUGCCGGCUCCGAGGGAGGGGCUCAGGACUCAGCUCCUGCUCUUUCCCUGUCUCUUCCCCUCGCCCUUUUUUGUUUCUUUUUGUUACUUGACCCUGCAGUGCAGACAGAAAAGUGGUUUUCUCUUAAUACCGGUUUGAGGUUGGAUUUUAGAGAUCCCUGCUGCCUGUCCUGCCCUGGGAAUGAUGCUCUGGGAAUGCUGCUCAGCAUCACUGAAGCCCUGGCAGCUGGAAUCCCCCUGAGGGCUUGUUCUGCUCUCCUGACAGGGGGGCUGUGCAGCUCCUGUCCUGGGGGUGCACAGGAAUGGGUGUGGUCCUGGGCUGCCAAGCAUCCCUCUGUCCUCCUGUGCUGGGGGUGUCUGUGGGCUCAGAGUGCAGAGCUGAUUUUGGGGUGUGGGGCUGACCCCCUCGGGGAGGGACAGGGGGCAGCAAGGUGCUAUUUCCAGUCUCCUAAGUUUAUAUAUAUUUGGAUCCAGCUACUUGGUGUUCUGGCGACUUGGCCUUUUGUAUCGUCAUGAGCCUGGCAGCGGGGGUGAUGGGUUUUGUUUAGGUUUAUUUUUUACAUAAAAGACUUGGUUUUUAUAGUGAAA